AUGGAGUCUAGAACAAAAUAUGCAAAUGACGAUAAUGACCCUGCCCCGGCCAUUUGCUUUCCCAACAUUAGCUUGAAAUCAGAGAUACUGGAUGACGACUUCCACAUCGAUAAUCUUUCGACACCAACAGAUUUCCUUCACGAUUACCAUAACCUUGACCAGUACCCCUUGGUAGCUUCAUAUGUUAAUCAAGAUUUUGGGAUUCAUGAGGAUUGUUUUUAUCCUGUUGAUCCCUUUCCUAGUGGCUCUUUUGUGGAUUUUGAUUUAUGCGAACAUGAUAGCAUUCGUUCAUCCAUGCAAGAUUUGGAAGUUGGUGGGUGUUUUAACUUUUCAGACAAGAAAGAUUCAUUAAUGGACAUCGAAACAGCAUUGACGUACCAUGACACUAAGCCUUUCAACUUUGUUGUUCCUGACGAGAGCUCUUGUUUGACUGCCGAUAACCUUGGUUUCCCCAAACAAGGUGGCAGUAAAAGAAGCAACAAGAAUGUUAUCCAGUGCAGGAAGAGCAAGGUUACAGAAUUGCCGUCUGCUAAAACGUGCAUUAGAGGACAGAAGUUCAGGUCGGCUAAGGGUCAAUGGACUGUUGAUGAGGACAGACUCUUGACUCAUCUGGUGGGAAAAUAUGGUGAGAGAAAAUGGUCUACUAUUGCACAAAUGCUGAAGGGAAGGAUAGGCAAACAGUGCAGAGAGAGAUGGCAUAACCACCUGAGACCUGAUAUUAAGAAGGAUUUAUGGACUGAGGAUGAAGACAGAAUCCUGAUUGAGAUUCAUGCACAAGUCGGGAACAAAUGGGCCGAAAUUGCGAAAAGUCUCCCUGGAAGAACAGAGAACUCCAUAAAAAACCACUGGAAUGCUACAAAAAGAAGGCAAUUCUCAAGGCGAAGUUGCCGGACCAAAUGGCCUAAGCCUAGUUCCCUUCUUCAGAACUAUAUCAAGAGUCUCAACUUUGAGAAGAAAAGCAGUAGCUUAUCGAAAAUUACCCGAACUCCGAAAACCGUCGACCCUGAAAUCCUCAACAACAGCACUUCAGUUGGUAAGAAAUCAGAAAUGGAGUUUCAGCCAAAUGACCAAACAGUGUCAGAAUACGGCUUUGCUGAUGUCAGUGAGUUCACUUUUAACGACUAUCACCUGUUCAGAGAUAAUAACAUGGAGUCGUUGAUGGAAGAUAUACGUAUCGGUGGGCCAUCUGAAAUUGACGAACACAAAUGUUGCGAUGUUGUGUUGCCUUUCGAUAUUCCACUGUUGAUGGAAUGUGAUGUGAUGAAAGAGAUUGACUCGUUUGAUGGGAACAUGUAA